UAGAGGAGUAGACUGGUGGGCAUUAGGGAUCAUCGUAUCUAAAAUGGCAUGUGGGACCUCACCAUUCAUAGAGUACGGCAACAGUACAGAAUGCCGUUUGUCGAUUCUUCUUGAACAGCCAUGCAUUCUGAUAAGGUUCAGCCCCGAAUUGCAAGAUCUCCUGCGAAUGCUCCUGAAGAAAAAUCCAAAAGAACGACUGGGCUGCAAUGGAAAUAUUCGGGAGCACCCAUUUUUUAAUGCCAUUGAUUGGGUGCAAAUAGAAAACCGGACUCUACCACCUCCUUCCCAGCCAAAAGCAGUAAGUACAUGACUACAUGUGUUUUGGUAGGCUACUGCUUAUUAUGAAUAGGCACUUAUCUUGAAAUCUCUAGAUGUUUGUGU